GUCGCCCAGGGAUAACUGCCUCGGGCUACCGCCGCCGGUGGGAUGGACGCCGAGGGGUUCCGAGAGGAUCUGGUGUCUGCCUUGAAGGAAGUGGUGAGCAACACAAACUGGCAGUGCGUCGGGGAGAAGGCGAGGUUCAAAUCUCCCUGUACCAAGUUAUAUUCAGAAGAUGGCGAGCACGUGGUGCUAAUUCACACGCAAGAUGACAAGUUCUACGCCAUGGAUUCUGCGUGUCCUCAUGAAGGCGGACCUUUAGAACAGGGAGACAUAGAGGAGCUUUGCAAUGGUCGCAUGGCAAUCACAUGCCCCUGGCAUGAUUUUGAAUUCUGCUUAGAUGAUGGGACAUCGUCCUCAGGAUUGCAGAACCAGGUAUAUGAGGUUAACGUUCACGAGGGGAAGGUUUAUAUCCAAACACAAAAUCAGUUGUCCCUCACACCAUGGAAGGAAACUGUAUGUAAACACACUGUUAAUACAGAAACGGUAGACCUUUCUCCAACUACUGAUGAGUCCAACUUAUGUUACUGGGCCGACAGGAUACUGAGGACUGCAGAUCCAGAAGAGAAGGUAAAGCUGACCCAGCAAGCACAAGCUCUAUGGGACACUGGAGAAGUCACAGAAAUAGGUCAAACACAACCGCCUACCCAGCCUAGUCGCAAGGAAAGUCUGACUAUAGUGCAACCGGGCAGAAUCAAGCGAGGGAAAGGGGGCACCCUGGCCAGUAGGAUUGCGCUGCUGCACUCGCUGGCUAACAUUGAGCAGUGGGCUAUAGACCUGUCAUGGGACAUCAUCGCGCGCUUUGCCGGGUUCCGGUUGAGCAAUGGAGACCCAUUGCCACGAGAAUUCUUCUCUGACUUUGUUAAAGUGGCUGGAGAUGAGGCAAAGCAUUAUCGAUUGUUGGAGAAGCGUUUGUUAGAGCUGGGCAGUAACUUCGGAGCACUCGCUGUGCACAAUGGGUUGUGGCAGUCUGCUGCAGACACAGCGCAUGAUCUUCUGGGACGAUUAGCAAUUGUGCACAUGGUCCAUGAAGCAAGGGGUCUAGAUGUCCACCCACAGACACUCCAGAGAUUCUUGGCACAGGGAGAUGAGAGCUCUGUCAAAGUGCUUGAAGUGAUCUACACCGAUGAGAUUACUCACGUGGCUGCCGGACUGAAAUGGUUCACUUACAUCUGUGCCAAGGAACAAAAGGACUGUUUAACAACCUUCCAUGAGCUGGUACCAUUGUACUUUAAAGGAUACUUGAAACCGCCUUUCAAUGCUGAGGGCAGGAGUUCAGCAGGGAUGUCAGAGGAGUGGUACUUGCCUUUGGUAAAGCCAUCCUGAGUUUACAUGUGGCUCUCCGCCUUUGUGCUUGUUUUAAAGCACGGUUGCGAUUCCAUCAGCGUCACGUGUUCCAGUUGACUUUUAAAGAACAGGAUAACAGUUUAUUCACCCGUGUUCAUCAUUCAGUUUCUUCUACAUAAAAUGUAGACGUGAUUUUCAAUUGUUUUAUUAACAGACUCAAUCCAGCCACAAAAAUGUAAAAUAUUCUUCCAUUGAAAAAUUAAUCUUUUAUUACAAUAUUGUAUUUUACAAAUGUUUUAUUAAACAAUAGUAUGCAUAAA